UACACCACCCUUCUUGUCACCAUGCCCCAAAGAAAUAAUGAGAUGGUCGAUGAGACUCUACACCUUCCCCGACUCCUCUGUCUUCACGGAGGAGGAUCUAAUGCUGUCGUCUUCCAGUCCCAAUGUCGCCGGCUGAUUGCCCACCUACGAUCAGAAUUCCGCUUCGUCUUCGCACAGGCACCGUUUCUAUCCGACGCCGGGCCUGAUGUCCUGUCAGUAUACAGUGAAUACGGCCCCUUCAGACGCUGGCUCCGCUGGCGCCCGGAACACCCCGAGAUUCGGCCGGAGGACGCAUUGUGGGCGAUCGAGGACUCUUUGGAAGACGCAAAGCGCCAGGAUGACGCAAAGGGCGCCACAGGGCCGUGGAUUGGCCUGCUUGGAUUUAGUCAAGGCGCGAUGAUGUGUGCCAGUCUCCUCUAUCGCCAGCAACUGCGCCAAGAACAACUAGGGUGGCUAUUCGGCGAUUCAGAGUAUCGCUUUGGAGUGUUGCUUGCGGGCCGGGCCCCGCUGGUCUGUCUGGAUCCGCACCUCGACCCGCGUUCCUCUUUACCCGAUCUGUCGCAGAUCACAGAUGCCAAAUACCCCGGUCCAAGCCGGGAUGUUUUACACAUCCCUACUGUGCAUGUACAUGGGCUGCGAGAUCCCCACGUGGCUCUUCACCGGCGGUUAUUUGCAGAAUUCACUUCUCCUGAUACCAGGAGACUGGUUGAGUGGGAUGGAGAGCAUCGGGUUCCUUUAAAGUUGAAGGAUGUCUCGCUGGUUGCGCAUCAGAUUCGAGAACUCGCAGCCCAGACGGGUGCAUGCUAGCCAUUGGGGACACGUUGAGCUUUGUUGUUCAUUGUUCAUUGGAGGACUUAUGGGCGCUAAAGGAGGGGACUUCUAUAUUAAUC